UCCGUCUCCUCCUCCGCUCUGGGCAGAGCAGUGAUGGCGGCCGCCGACGGGGUCGGGGAGGCCGCGCAGGGCGGGGAUCCCGGUCAGCCGGAGCCACCGCCUCCUCCUCAGCCCCAUCCUCCUCCGCCGCCUCCCCAGCCGCCGCAGGAAGAGGCGGCGGCGGCGUCCCCUAUGGACGACGGGUUCCUGAGCCUGGACUCUCCCACCUAUGUCCUGUACAGGGACAGAGCAGAAUGGGCUGAUAUAGAUCCAGUGCCGCAGAAUGAUGGCCCCAAUCCAGUGGUCCAGAUCAUUUAUAGUGAGAAAUUUCAGGACGUCUAUGAUUAUUUCCGGGCUGUCCUGCAGCGCGACGAGAGAAGUGAGCGGGCUUUUAAAUUAACCAGAGAUGCUAUUGAGUUAAACGCAGCCAACUACACAGUGUGUCACCAGUUGUACAAGUUUGGACAACCACAAGCAGUUAAAUCCCUGCCUUACUGGUUACAUAGAAUACUCACCAGAAACGGGCAUUUCCGAAGAGUUCUCUUAAAGUCACUACAGAAGGAUCUACAUGAGGAAAUGAACUACAUCUCGGCAAUAAUUGAGGAGCAGCCCAAAAACUAUCAAGUUUGGCAUCAUAGGCGAGUGCUGGUGGAAUGGCUGAGAGACCCAUCACAGGAGCUUGAGUUUAUUGCGGAUAUUCUUACUCAGGAUGCAAAGAAUUACCAUGCCUGGCAGCACCGACAGUGGGUUAUUCAGGAAUUUAAACUUUGGGAUAAUGAGCUGCAGUAUGUAGACCAACUUCUCAAAGAGGAUGUGAGAAAUAACUCUGUCUGGAACCAAAGAUAUUUCGUAAUUUCUAACACUACGGGCUACAAUGAUCGUGCUAUAUUGGAGAGAGAAGUCCAGUACACUCUGGAAAUGAUCAAACUAGUCCCACAUAAUGAAAGUGCGUGGAAUUAUUUGAAAGGGAUUUUGCAGGAUCGUGGUCUUUCCAAAUAUCCCAAUCUGUUAAAUCAAUUACUUGACUUACAACCAAGUCACAGCUCUCCCUACCUAAUUGCCUUUCUUGUGGAUAUCUAUGAAGACAUGCUAGAAAACCAAUGUGACAACAAGGAGGACAUUCUUAAUAAAGCGUUAGAGUUAUGUGAAAUCUUAGCUAAAGAAAAGGACACUAUAAGAAAGGAAUAUUGGAGAUAUAUUGGAAGAUCCCUUCAAAGCAAACACAGCACAGAAAGUGACCCACCUACAAACGUACAGCAAUAACACCAUCUCGACGAACUUGAUGGGAUGCUUUUAUUUUUUUAAGAGACUCUAAUGAAGGAGUUAAAAACUAAAGCGAUCAUUCCCUUUGCCAGUGGUGUAGAACAUACAAUGCACAGGUACUGCUUUUUAACAUGAACUAAGUGUGAUGCUCUUUGGGUGCUGCUGCUAUUCAGACUAGUUCCAAGUAACGUGAUUUUUUUUUUAAGCAGAGAAUUUGGGAGAGGGAGAGGAAACAAAAAGUCCCAUAAAGGAACUUUUGUAGUCUUAUCAACAUUUACUCUAACCCUUAGCAUCAGCUCCUCCCUAAGUGGUUUGUGUGUCAGGAUUUGCAGCGUUAAUGUUUGCAGGUAUGUAAAGGAUAUAAGUAACUUACCUUCCGGUUCAGAAAGCAGGGAAUGCAGUUGUUAGAUCAGAGCUGCUCUGCCACACUCACAGCAUCAUGCUCUCACUGUAACCAACUAAUGCCAAAAGAAUGGUUUUGUAAUAAAAUUACAGAUGUAUCUUAAAACAA